AUGUCGACAAAAGUCUUUCUUCGACGUUUAAAUGAUAUGGGUACAUUCAAUUUACUACAAGAUAAACUUUCUCGUCUUAAUGAUACCUAUUUAUCGAAUUCAUGUGAUACGAAUGUAUCUCGAUGUAUCGAUAUUAUUGAAUUGAAUGCACGUGUACAACGAGAACUUUUCAAACUUCUCAAUUUGGUUUCAGCUGAAGGUGGUGUUUAUGGUGGUGCUACAACAAUUCGAGCACGUUUAUUACCAUUUGUUAACUAUGAAGCAUCUUACUUCAAUGCCUUAUUAAGCAAUACCGGUUCGGAUUUAUAUCCAUUGGCAUGGUGGCGUUAUCCAUAUGCCCAUCUUCGUACAGAUACUGAAUUUGAAGCAUUAGCUGAUGAAUAUGACAGAAAUUUAAGUGAUCUCGAGCUCGAUUUACGUGAUGCAAACGUUGACAAUGCUCGACUCGAGACUGAACUUGAACAAACACGUGCCGAACUCAUUGAUGAACGAGUUAAAUCAACGGAUGAGAAAAUCUAUACCGAUGCUGAAUUAUCAAAUUUAAGAUUACGUUUGAGCGAUGCUGAAUUUCGACUUUCAUUGGAACGUUAUAAACCACGUUCAACUGCUGUUGAUGGUUAUGAACGAGAAAUUCGUCGUUUACGUGAUGAUAUUGAUUUUGCUCAGAGACGUACUCGAGCUCGAUCUGUUUCACCAGUACUUAGUUAUAUACGUCAACGUUCCUUAACACCGGUACGUUCACGAUCACCAGUACGUUCAUUGUCACCAGUACGUUCAUUGUCACCAAUACGUCCAUUGAUUUCAUCAGCAUCCAUUGAUUCAUUAGAAAAAAUUCGUGAGAAUACAUUAAUUCAACGUUAUAAUGAAUUAUAUGGACGAGAACGUCUUAAUGCAUUGGAUACACUUCGAACAGUAUCUGAUGAUUAUGUUAUGAAUGAACUUAUAUGUUUUAACAUUGUUCAGGAAGCUUUUUCCGUAUCAAAACGACGUUUUGCUGAAUGGAAACUACGUCUUCGUUCUCAAUUGGCUAUUACACUUACAGGUGGUGAUUCAUUAGAAGAUGUUGUUCAAGAUUAUGUUAAUCGUAAUCUUGAUUAUUACGAAUUAACAACUAUUGUAUCGGAAGUAAUUGAUAAUUUACAUCGUAAUCCACGAAUAAGUUUGCCACUUGGUGUUACUUAUUCUUUGAUUAGUACAUAUAUACGAGAAGCAAGUCGUGUUGCUUGGCAUAUGGCAUGUCUCUCGUAUCCACUUGAUAUUGCAUUUGCAAGUAAUGCAGAAGUAUUCGAUGAAACUAAAUAUCGACGAAGCUAUGAUUCGGAAUAUGCCGCACCACUUGUUGAUCAUCAUAUCUGGCCAGCAUUAAUGCAAGGUGCACGAGUUAUUGUUAAGGGUGAAGCAUGUACAAAACGAGGCGCUUCAUUCAGUCGUUCUCGAGCUACUAGCCCAACUCGUCGAUGUUAUUCAAGUUGUAUUCGAAAUCGAUCAAUAAGUCCAGUAUGUCGAUCGCGUGCGAGCAGUCCAGUAACAUUUUCAUCCAUUUAUCGUAAGAAUAAAAAUUUUGGCCUUUAA